CACCUUCCCCUCUCCUACCUCCCAAAAAUAAAGGAGAAAAAGGAGAGAGAGAGAGAGAGAGAGAGAAACGCGAAACCCCAAAUCGAUGGCCGCCGCCGCCCUCCUCCGCCGCUCGCCGGCGGCGCGCGCCCUCCUUUCGCCGGCCCUCUCCUCCCGCCUCGUCGCCUCCAAGCCCCAUUCCUCUUCCCCCGCGCCGCCGCCGCCCUCAUCGAAGCCUGCUAGCACCAAGACCUUCUCGAUCUACCGCUGGGACCCGGAUUCCCCGUCGACGAAGCCCCACCUCAAGGACUACAAGGUGGACCUCUCCGACUGCGGCCCCAUGGUGCUCGACGCGCUCCUCAAGAUCAAGAACGAGCAGGACCCGUCCCUCACCUUCCGCCGGAGCUGCCGCGAGGGCAUCUGCGGCAGCUGCGCCAUGAACAUCGACGGCGACAACGGGCUGGCCUGCCUCACCAAGAUCUCCUCGGAGGCGGCCGGUGCCUCCACGAUCUCGCCGCUCCCGCACAUGUUCGUCGUCAAGGACCUCGUCGUCGACAUGACCAACUUCUACAACCAGUACAAGAGCGUCGAGCCGUGGCUCAAGCGCAAGGACCCGGCGUCGGCCGGAGGGAAGGAGAUCUACCAGUCCAAGGCCGACCGCGCCAAGCUCGAUGGCAUGUACGAGUGCAUCCUCUGCGCCUGCUGCUCCACAUCCUGCCCGUCCUACUGGUGGAACCCAGAAGAGUAUCUCGGCCCCGCAGCGCUGCUCCAUGCCAACAGGCUUCCGCUGUGGGGGACGCUAAUGAAACCAAAACCCAGCAUGUUCAUGCACGUCCAAGCUCGAGGAUAUCAUGGGGUCUCAGAGAAGAGAAACAUGCGUGAUCACAAACGUAGAUUGCUUGCAGCAAAAUAUGAGCUGAGAGGAAAGCUUUAUAAGUCUGUCUGUAGGGACCCUGAUCUUCCAUCAGAUAUGCGGGAUAAGUUUCGCUAUAAGUUGUCCAAGCUGCCAAGAAAUAGUAACAUGACACGUCUUAGAAACCGCUGUAUUUUCACGGGCCGCUCUCGUGGUGUCUACCAAAAAUUCCGCAUGUCUCGUAUCGUGUUCCGUACCUUGGCAAAUAAGGGUGAACUGAUGGGUGUUAAGAAAGCAUCUUGGUAGAUGUUAACAGAUGGGUAGAAGAAAGAACUAGCUCUUCAGUAGGCCAGCAAAAUAAGGUUGCCCUCUUUCAGUGUUUGAUUCCUGAAACUAUCUGUCAAGUUUUUUUACUGCCAGCAAACGGCAUGGUUUUCUCUUUAUUUAGUUGAGGCAGUGUAAUGUACUGUUUUUCAUGCUAUUCAGCAUUUAUGAAGCUAAAGAUUCUAUUGUUCAA